GUCUUUUCCACUCCCGCAGUAUCCAUCCCACACCUGGCUCCCUUACAAGUAGGCGAACACGAACAUGGUGUACGGCGGAAAGCCAAGCACAGGUUGCCAUUUGUGUCGCCGGCGCAAGAUCAAGUGCGAUGAGGGGCAUCCCGGUUGUCGGAACUGUUCCGUUUACGGUCAGCCUUGUCCGGGGUAUCGCUCUGAUGUGAUGUUUCGAAAUGAGACGCGCAAGGUCCAGGAGUUGAUGACCAAGGGUACUACUAGUGGUCGUUUGGAUGGUAGUGGUAGCAGUGGCAGUGGGAGUGGGGGUGGGAGUCAACUACACUACUACAGUCCAUCAUCGCUGUCCGUGUACCGCAUCCCCGAUACCAGCUGGGAAGAAAAAGCGAUCUGCUAUUUCUUCGACCAGUACACGAUAGUGGACAAUAUCCCAGGGAGCGCGGGCCACCUGGGCUUCGUGCCGUCGCUGUAUGCAGUCUGUCGGGACCAGAAUCUCGCUACUCCUGCGUCUUCCUCCCUGCGACUUGCUGUCGAUGCCACGUCCCUGAUCGCCAUGAGCAAUCUGGUUGGUGCGUCUGGCAGUAUUGUUGCACAAGCGAGAAAUCGGUUUGGCUUGGCGCUGGGUCGCCUGCAGGAGGCGUUGAAUUCGCCAGUCGAGGCAGUCAAGGAUGAAACGUUCGCCACGUUGGUCAUCUUGUCCUUGUUUGAGGAUAUCUCGGGCGAUCGCAAUGGGCUUGUCAGCUCGCAUACGACCGGGUUCGAGGCUCUGAUAAGACUGAGAGGGGAGAAUCAGCUUGUGCAUGCGCAGGGGCUGGAUAUGUUCAAGUUUGCAUAUGUGCAUGUGCAAGUAGAGUCCCUGGUUCUGAAGGAGAAGCCGCGGUAUAAUUCUCAAUGGCUGGUUCAGCUCCUCGACAGUUCCGACCCUCUACAGCGGCUGAUGAUCAUCGCGGCCAGGAUCUCGCCGCUGCUUUCGGAGGUCUACUCGGCCCCAGAUGGCUUGGAUGCGGCCGGGGUCACCAAGCUCGCUUCGUGGAUUGACUCGUGCAGACAAUUGGACGCAGAACUAAUUGAAUGGAGCCACUCUAUGCCGGAGGAAUGGCUCCCUCUCGCGACGCGCUCUUACACAGGUGAAGAUGUGCUAACAUACCGAGAGAUGAUCAUCGGCUCUAUCUGGGCUCAUUAUCGGUGCGGCCGAAUCACCAUCCAUCUGAGGAUCGUCGAUCUAUUCCGGGCACUGGUGUCAGUCACCAACUCGCCGGGAAUACAGCGAGAGGCGGCACAACAAGUGGAUGAGAGUCAUCGUAUUUGCAAAGACCUGAUCACCGAGUCGUGUCAAAGCAUCCCGUUCUCUUUUGGUCAGAUUGACCGGUUUGGGAAUCGGUUGGCCCCCUCCACCGAGGGCAGGUAUCCUAUCCGGGCAUUCUUUGCUCACAGCAUGAUGUGGCCUCUGUGGUUUAUCUUGUCGUGCGGAUUGACCUCGCCCGCCCAGGACCAGAUUAUCCGCAGUUUGCUGACGCGCAUGGGCUCUGAGCUCGGCAUCAAGAUGGCGUUUUUCCUGGCAAACACUGGCAUGGAAAAUAAGGUACCUCCGAUGCCUGAUAUGUCCUCGUUUGAACAGUCCAUGGGCAACUUGUACAGGGGGGGCUUGUACAGUGGGUGA